CCGCAGCCCCGCGGCGCGGAGGGCGAUGAGGCUGGCGCCAACUGCCUGCUCUGUGGCGCGGGAAGCGGCGCGGGAGCGCGGCAUCGAGGGGCCGGCCUAGCUGGGGCCCGUAGCCCUUCGUCUUCUGGCUGGUACGCAGGUCCUGCGCACGCUGCGUGGCCGCAGCCGCCGGGCGGUGGGCGCCGGAGGGACCGGGAGGCGAACCGGGGUCCCCAGGCGGGUGUGGGCAUCGUUCCCGCAGCCAGCGUCCCCCGAGGCCGCGCUGGGGCCAUGAUCCACUCGGUGAAGCUGCGCCGCGAUAGCGCGGCCGACUUCGUCUCGCAUUAUGAGUACCUGUGCGCGCUGCAGGACUCGGUGCCUCUGCCCUCCGUGCGCGCUUGUCUGCGGGAGGGCGUGCUGGACUUCAACGCCGACCGCCUCCGCGGGCUGGACUGGGCGCCGCUUCUGAGCACCCUCAAGAUUAAUAAAGAUCUGCCCCUGAUCUGUAUCAGGAGCUUCUUCCAGCCAUGGCUUGGCGAGACAGGUUCUGACAGAAAUAAAGUUUACAGAAGUCGUGUUCCUGCGAUAAGAAAUAAAGAUGUGACCUUCCAGUUGUGUAAAGCUCUUAAAUGCUGUGUAAGUGCGUCGGGUGCGCUAAGGAACCUGGAGCUAAAUGGGCUAGUUCUGAGAGAGAGAGACUUAACUAUGUUAACAAAGGGAUUGAAUAAAUCGGCCACUUUGGUGCACCUGUGUCUUGCGAAUUGUCCAAUUGGAGAUGGAGGUUUAGAAAUUAUUUGUCAAGGUAUAAAGAACUCUAUCACUCUUAAGACAGUAAACUUCACGGGGUGUAAUCUGACAUGGCAGGGAGCAGAUCACAUGGCCAAGAUCUUAAAGUAUCAGACUAUCAGAAGGCAUGAAGAAACCUGGGCUGAGAGUCUUCGUUACAGGAGACCUGAUCUUGACUGUAUGGCUGGUUUGAGGCGCAUCACUCUGAACUGCAACACGCUUAUUGGUGACCUGGGUGCAAGUGCUUUUGCAGAAUCUCUUAGUGAGGAUUUAUGGCUUAGAGCACUUGACCUGCAGCAGUGUGGCCUCACCAGUGAAGGAGCAAAGGCUUUACUAAAGGCCCUUGAAACCAACAGAACUCUGGUCGUUUUGGAUAUAAGAAAAAACCCACUUGUCGAUCAUUCUGUGAUGAAAUCAGUUAUCAAAAAAGUUCUCCAGAAUGGAAGGAGUGCCAAGUCAGAGUACCAGUGGAUAACUUCUCCAUCUGUGAAGGAACCAUCCAAAGCUGCUAGACAGAAAAAGAGAACUAUAAUUUUGGGAAGUGGUCGAAAAGGAAAAGCUACUAUUAGAAUUGGCUUGGCCACAAAGAAACCUGUAAGUAAUGGAAGGAAACACUCUGCUGGUAAAGAAUGUUAUGCUCCUGAACCUCUACCACCUGGUGUGUCUGGUUUCCUGCCGUGGCGUACUGCAGAACGUGCAAAAAGGAACAGGGGUUUUCCAUUCAUCAAAGCUCGUGAUGUAUGUAAUCGGUUGCAGCAGUCAGAAUUUCCUGUGACUGUGACAGUAGAGAGUCCUUCCUCCUCAGAAAUCGAAGAGGUCGAUGAUUCCUCAGAAUGUAUUCAGGAAGAGCCAGAGAAAAUCAAUUUGAAACAAGAAGCAUUGCAGGAAAAACUGGAGGAGUGCCUAAAGCAGUUAAAGGAGGAAAGAGUAAUAAGACUUAAGGCUGAUAAACGAGUCAGUGAGCUGGAACAUGAAAACGCCCAGUUAAGAAAUAUAAAUUUCUCUUUGUCUGAAGCCCUUCAUGCCCACUCAUUGACAAGCAUGAUCCUGGAUGAUGAAGGUGUUUUGGGCAGCAUUGAGAAUUCUUUUCAGAAGUUCCACGCUUUCUUGGAUCUCCUUAAAGAUGCCGGGCUUGGGCAGCUGGCCACAAUGGCUGGUAUAGAUCAGUCAGAUUUUCAUUUACUAGGUCGUCCCCAGAUGAAUUCUACUGUUAGUAGUCCACCUAAAGAAGAAAAGAAGGCACUUGAAGCAGAAAAAUCAGAAUCAAAACAGGGUGCCCCAGGACAAAUGCAAAAUAUCCAAUUUCAGAAAAUUACAGGUGAUACUAGGAUUCCUUUGUCUCUUAACUCCUUCCAGGUCCCAGUCUCUACUCAGGAGGCCUUAGAAACUUCCAAAGAUAACCUGGGGUUCCCAGUCACAGAGCAGCGGCAGGAGUCUUUUGAAGGUUUCAUUGCUAGAACAUGUCCUCCUUCAGCAGAUGUCAUUUCUGGAACUGGAAGUCAAAGAAAAGAAGAGGAGUUAUCUAGAAAUAGCAGGUCUUCUUCAGAGAAAAUGACCAAAGCAGAGUCCCAUUGAAAUGACUGGAGAAAUAUUAAAACAAAAAUAAAUUAAUAGCAGAGUUGGAAAACCAGAAAAUGAACAAUGUGGACUUCCUAGAAGAUAAAGAGCAGAUUAUUGAAAGAUGAGUUAAUUGAAGCGUGGAACAGCUAAGCCAUUCCAAUCACCUCUUUGUGGAGUACCUAAUUAUGGAGUUUGCCACCAGGCUCAGGCUAAGAAAGCAGCUCUCUGAAGUGGGGGUCCUGACACAGGAAACACUGGGAUUGGAGAACAAGGGCAUUAUCCAAAAUGACUCCAAGCAGGAACUGAAGAUAAGCUGCCACACUUCUGGUUACGGUGACCUGCCACUCCCUUUAUAAUCACCAGAGUGCCCAUAAUCAGAAUUUGUAUUCAUUGAAAGUGAACCAGAAUUCUCAUCUGGCUGAGGAAAAGCACUUCAAACCUUAGUCUUAGGCCCUCAUCUAUAAAUAUGCCAAGAAUCAUCAAAUUUGAAGAAAACCACUAACAUAAAAGGAGACACCAAAUUAAAACAAAGUAACCUGUUCAAGAAAGUAGUUACUAGAAGAAACAGAAGAAGUUUAAAAAUUAGUACAAUUAGGAUCUUCAAAGAGUCAUGGGGAUGUUGCAUCCAUAAAGAAUAGGAUGCUAGGAAAAAGAUAUUUAGUUUUUGGAAAUUAAAAAUACGAUUGUGAAAACAGAACAUUCAGAAGAUGGACUAGAUAGCAGAAUAGAUUCAGUUGAAGCUUGAAUUCAUGAAAUGGAAGAUCUGAUUGAGAGAUCCCCUUAACAUGCAUUGCAAAGGGAUGAAAGAUAAAAGUUAUGAAAAAGAAAGACUAGAAGAACACGGGAGUUGGCAUACAGUAAGUGCACAAAUAUUUGUUGUAUAAGAUAGUACAGAUAUCAGUAUGAGCAAUGGAUCCAUGGAAGAUUUUAAAUCAAAGGAACUGAUGAUGCCAUGUGAUCUGUGUUUCCCCUUUAUAAUCACCAUGGAUGCCUAUAAUAAGGAAAAAUCUAAGUAAAUAUUAUGCAUAUAUAAAAAUGAAGUGAGCUAAAAUUCUAGGCUUUAACAUGAAUGGGGCCAGGAUAUAGAAAGUGGAACAGUGUUCAGGAUCUUGUCUUAUUCAAGGCAAGAAUAUAGUGUUUACCUCUAGGUGUUGAUAGAAAAAUAUAUUUAAGUAUAUUUGAAGUGAAAGGCAUAUCAGUAAGGAAAGGUUAUGUGACGAUACUUCAGCCGCAAGCCUGAAAUCUUAGUGACUUAAAGCAACAUUGGUUUAUUUGUGCUCAUUCUGUAUGUGUUUGGCAGAUUGGCUAGAAGCCCUACUCCAUGUCCCCCUCAACCUGGGAGCCAGCUGACAAAGCAUCACUAUUUGGAACAUUGCUUGUUACGAUACCCAAGCAAAAAUAGAUUGUGAUGCAACAUACCCUGACUUAAAGCUUCUGCCUAGAUGAACGCAUGUCACUUCCCACAUUUCAUUGGCCAAAGAAAAUCACAUGGCCACGGCUGAAUUCAACUGAGCAGGGAAAUGCAGACUUACUGUGUGCCAAGACAAGGAGAGAGAGAAGCAAAUAUACGUCAAAAACUUUAAUAGCCCCCAAACCACCAGGAAAGGGGGGAUGGAAUUUAAAAAUCCAAGAAAAGGCAGGAAAGAAGAAAGAAACAAGAUAAAUAGGAACACACACACACAAACACAUACAGACGUAGCAAGACCAAAUGCUUUUCUCACAAUAAAUGUAAAUUAAAUUCUGGAAUUCCUUAAGCUUGAGUAAAAAAAACAAUCCAACUAUGUGCUAUUUGCAAAAAAAAAAUCUAAAAGACUUUCAUGGAUUAUAAAGAAGUAAACGAGCAUACCAGGCAGAUGCUAACAAAAGUGUAUGUGACUAUGUUAACCUCAGAAUAAACAAUAAAUAGGACUCAAGAUGAAAACCAUUAAGUGGGAGAAAAUAAAAGCAUUUCGGCUGAUAAAAAGUAUAGUUUUGCAGAAAGAUUAUUUGAAAUCGGAUCUGCAAUCUAAAAACUCAGUUUCAAAAUGUAUAGAGCAAAAACAGAAAUACAAGGAAAAGUGAGCAAACCAAUUAUGAGAGAGACUUAAACACAUCUCUCUUCCAAAUCAGUGGAUCUACUGCUACUCACUAAAUAAGAAAAUACUGACAGAACCAAGGGCUGGUGAGGAUGCAAAGUAACUGAAAUUCUGGUGGAAACACCAUAUGAUGUAGUCCCUCAAAACAGAUUGGCAGUGUCUUUAAACAUAAAUACACCAGCAGUUUCGCAAGUUACGUGAAAACUUAUGUUCAUGUAAAAACAUGUAUGUGGUGUUUAUAGCAGCUCUAUUCAUAAUCAUCAAAAAGUCUUCCUAAAGGUGGAUGGAUAAACAAAUGAUGGUGUGUCCACACAAUGGAAUACUACUCAGCAAUAAAAAAGAAUAAAUUAUUAAUACAUAUGUCAACUUGGAUGAAUCGCAAAGUCAUAUGCUAAGUGAAAGAAGCCAAAAGGUUACAUCUUGAUGUAAUCUCAAAAGGUACAUACUUUAUGAUUCCAUUUAUGUAAUAUUCUUUUUUUUUUUUGGCUGCAUCGGGUCUUAGUAGCAAGAUGCGGGAUCUUCACCAGGGCACAUGGGCUUCAGAGCGCGUGGGCUCUGUAGUGUGCGGCACACGGACUCUCUAGUUUAGUUGUGGUACAUGGGCUUAGUUGCCCCACGGCAUGUGAGAUCUUAGUUCCCCGACCAGGGAUUGAACCCGCAUCCCCUGCACUGGGAGGCGGAUUCUUAACUACUGGACCACCAGGGAAGUCCUAUUUGUAUAAUACUCUUGAAAAGGCAAAACAAUGGUGAUAAUAGACUAGAUGAGUGGCUGUCAGGGGUUGGGGUGGGAAGGUUUGGUUACAAAGAGGCUGUGCAAGGGAGUUUCAGUGAUGAGCUGUUCCUUGUUCUGGUUGUAUUGGUGGUAACAUGAAUCCAUACUUAAGUUAAUUUAAGGGAACUGUACCCCCCCAAAAAAAGCAUCAUUUUUACUGUAUAAUAAUUGUAAAACAAAAAUCUCAUGCCCACCCCCCUCCCACCAGUAGGUUAGGAGAGGGAAGAUACAUAAAUAUUUUGUAUCCAUCAUGAAUUCAAAACAUUCUUUAUAUUUUCUAUCCUUCAGGAAUACAAAAUGUUUUCUUGGAAAACUUAUGAACUGUUUAUAGAAGGGAUUCAUAUAAGGGUAAAAAAGUACAGAAUGCAGACCUGUUUGCUUUCAUAAUACAAUAAAACUAAUAACAAAAGGCUUGUCCACUUGGAAAUUUUUAAAUUACCUUUUAAAUAACUCAUUUUAAAUAACUCAUUUAAAGGGAAAUUCAAAACAAAUUACAAACUAUUUAGAAUUAGUAAAAAACUACUUCUCAAAACCUACAGGAUUCUGCCAAAUCAGGAAUUAGAGAAAAUUUUAUAGAUUUUAUUUUUCAGGGAGUAAGAAAACUGAAAAUAGGUGAAAUAACAAUUUAACUUUAGAAGCUAGAAAAAAUGAUGAACUAGAAGAAAGUCAUGAGGAAUUUUAAAUGUUAAAAGCAGAAAUUAAUAAAAUAGCAAAAAAAUUUUGAUCAAUGAAACUAAAAGGUUUUUAAAAUAAAAACCAAUAAAAGGCAAACCUUUGGAAAAUAUGACAAAAAUAGCUAGCAUUAGGAAUAAUUUUUAGAAAGAUACCUACAAAUAGACUUUUUAAUUACAAGGGAGUACUGUUUAUAAUUUACUCCUGAUAUGGUUGUGUAACUUCAUUCCAAUAAUUUUGGAAGACUAGAUGAAAUGCGCUAACUUAAAAAAAAUAGAGAUUCUAAAAAUUGGCAAAAGAUAGAAAAUGUAAAUAGACCAAACAUCUUAGAAGAAAUUGAAAGAGCAGUAUGAAACUUUUUUUUAAUAUAAUUUUAUUUUAUUUAUUUAUUUUUCACUGUGUUGGGUCUUCGUUGCUGCGCUCAGGCUUUCUCUAGUUGUGGUGAGCAGGGGCUACUCUUCGUUGUGGUGUGCGGGCUUCUCAUUGUGGUGGCUUCUCUUGUUGUGGAGCACAGGCUUUAGGCUCGCAGGCUUCAGUAGUUGUGGCUCGCAGGCUCAGUAGUUGUGGCUCACAGGCUUAGUUGCUCCACGGCAUGUGGGACCUUCCCGGACUAGGAAUUUAACCUGUGUCCCCUGCAUUGGCAGGUGGAUUCUUAACCACUGUGCCACCAGGGAACUCCCUGAAACUUCUUUUUAAAAGGCAAAUACUAUUAGGCACAUCUUUAAGGAACACAUUUAUUUGUAAACCAUUGCAGAGGAUAGAAAAAAGACAUAAAACUUCCUAAUUCAUUCCAUGUGGUUAGCAUAAUCCUAAUACCAAGACUGCACAAAUAAAACAAGGAAAAGUAUAGGCCACUCUCAACAGAAGUGCAGAAUCACUGUGGCUCACUAAAUUAACAGAUUAAAGAAUACCGUAUCAUCUUCAAUGCUAAAAAAAGCAUUUGAUAAAUUCAACAUCCUCUGAUACUCAACAAUCUAGAAGUAGAAGGAAACUUUCUUAGCAUCCCAUCUUGCUGACUCAGAAAGAAGACAAAAAUAGUACUAAAAAGUAAACUCGAUGGAAAGUGAGACAACUAUGAUUGUAAAGUUUUUUUGGACAAAAAGAAACCUUGUAGUUACUUACUGGCAUGCUGUUGCAACGAAUGAGAAAGCUUGUUAAAGAGGCAGGGCACACCACCAACACCGCAAUAUCAAAAGCUUCUGUAUAUGCUGGCAGUAACCAAUUAGGAAAUGCAUGGUGGAAAAGAAUGCAUUCUCUAGAAAAGGUCAGCAGAAAUCUAAGGCCUAUGUGAAUUUUAAAUAUCUAUACUGAACGGUAUAAAAGGAAACCCCCAAAAUGGAGAGGCAUGCCACAUUUCUGUAUGAGAAAACCUAACAUAAAAAAUGCCAGUGCGGGCUUCCCUGGUGGCGCAGUGGUUGAGAGUCCGCCUGCCAAUGCAGGGGACAUGGGUUCGUGCCCCGGUCUGGGAAGAUCCCACAUGCCGCAGAGCGGCUGGACCCGUGAGCCAUGGCCGCUGAGCCUGCGCGUCCGGAGCCUGUGCUCCGCAACAGGAGAGGCCACAACAGUGAGAGGCCCGCGUACCGCAAAAAAAAAAAAAAAAGUCAGUUCUAUCAAAUUAAAUAAAUUCAAAGCAAUUUCAUAUAAUCAUAGCAAGGUUUUUAAAUGGCUAUAACAAUAUAAUUAUAAAGAUCAUCUACAAGACAACGCACGAAACAAUUUUUGCUAUCAAAGCAAUCCAUGGAGCCAGAGUAAAUGAAAUAGUGCACUAUAAGCACAGGAAUAAUCAAAUAGGUUAAAGGCACAGAACAGAGAAUCCAGGAACAGAGCAGUAUAUAUACAUAUGGGAAUUUAAUAUUUGGAAAUGGCAUUAUAAAUAAGUAGGGAAGAGUUGAACUAUUCAGUAAAUGAUGUUGAGAUUAUUUACUACUUGGAAAACAUUUUCUUCUUUCAUACCAUGGACCAGAAAUGAAAUCCAGAUGAAUUAAACAUGGAAACAUAAAAAAAAGAAGGAAAUAUUGGAAAAAAAUCUCUAAUAAAUGGGUGAGGAAGGCCUUCCUAAUCAAGAUACAAAGCCCAAUAUCCAUGAAAGAAAAAAAAAACUGAUAGAUUUGAUUACCUUAAAAAAAAAAAAACUUCUGUACACAACUGUAAAUAGGAGACAAAAGAUUGGGGGAUUAUGUAAAAUAUAACAAAGUUAGAGAUCCUUAAUAUAAAAGCACCUAGAAACCAAACAAAAGGUGAACAAAAGAUAUAAAAAUAUUUUUAUAAAGAAGAAAUAUAAACAAACAUGUAUAAACUUCCAACUUCAUAAGCAGUCAGAAAUUAAAAUGAAUACUAUUUUCCCAUCCCUUGAAAAGGCAGCUAUGAAAGGAUUCGUAAUAACUAAUGCUGGACAUAAUGAACACUCUGUCAUUGUUGGAGAAGGUAUAACAUCCAUGUAGCUUUUCAGGUGGACAAUUUGUCCGUGUAUAUCAAUACUUAAAAGGGGUCUAGCCUCUGAUUUAACAGCUCUGACUGUAGGCAUCCAACCUGAAGAAAUCUUCACGCAAGUUCUAGGAGUCAGGUAUAAGCAUGUGUAUUGAAACAUUUUUUGAAAUAAUAAAAAAUUUGAAACAACAUGAUUGUACAUAAAUGAAGAAAUUGUUGAAAUAAUACAUACCAACUUCUACCAUGCAAUACUCUGCAGCAGAUAAAAACAGCUCUAUGGUGUGGACAUAAAAAUAUUCCUAAAAAAAAAAAAAAUUCCUAAGAUGGUGAUAUGAAAAACAAGUUGCACAAUAAUACUGAAUCACACAAUCCUGUUUACGUUUAUAUGGUUACGAACCCGUUUACAUAUAUAUGGCAUGUGUGUGUCUGUGCGUGCCUAGAAAAACGUCUGUAGUAAUGUAUAUCAAGAUGUUGACAGUUUCCUCUGCCCAAGGCACUAGGAUUGGGAGAGAAGGAAUGAAAGGGGCCUUUACGUAAUUUACUUCAUUUACUUCUAGGUUAUUUGGCUUUUUUUAAUAAGUAUAUUUUUAUGGAUGACAAGUAAUUUUCAUUAUCACAGAAAACUUGGAAAAUGCAAAUAUAUAAUCUCUGAUACCCUAUGUCCUAUGUCCACUUAUUUUUCAAAAUGUGUCUUUCCUAAUAUCUCUGUAGAAAAUGAGCUUUACUAUGUAACCUCCUCUCAGAGCUUUGGACCCCUGAGGUGUUCCUGCGUAAUAGUGUAUUUGAACUUUUUUUUUAAAGCCACAACCCAGAGUAAAAAUUGUAUUUUAUGCAAAAGGAAGGGUAAUUGUCCUGGCCCAAACCUACCUGUGAGCACACAUAAUGAAUGGAACAUUUCACCAGACAGUUCUUACUGUACUUCUAGUGACUCACUCUGUGUUCUUUUCUAUUGCAUUCCUUUAAAUAGAGUUGUGUUUGCAACCUGCUAAGUGGGUUUCACAAUCCACUCACUAAUGGAUCAUGUCCUACAGUUUGAAAACACUGGCUAGAGUGCUUCAAACAUUUGCUGUGUCUGUUGCUGACAAAACUGCUGCACAGAGAACCCAAGUCUUUCCCCCGUUUGCUUUGUUAUUUUAUGGCUGAAAGUCCUUCUCCAUUUGUGCAUUAUUACUUCCAAAGCCCAGCUUUUUUGAGCUCUUUAACUCCCAAUAGUCUUAAGGUAACUUACAUUAGUUUCCCCUUUUAAAAGCCCUUUUGUUAUACUGAAAGCUUGAGUUUUCAAAUUGACACAUCUACAGGAGAAGUCUAAAAUAUAAUUUGGUCAAAGAGUUUUAAAAAUCAAGAGGACAAGUGCCCGGUGACUUCAGGCAACCACUUGGUUUGGGUGGCUGGCUGCUCGCCGGCACAUCAUGUACUACAGGGUUGAAAGGGCUUGACCUAAGGCCCAUGCUCUCUUCGUACAGUUUGUAAGUUUUAAACCGGUGUGAAUUCAAACUACAACAACAAAAAACCAAGCAGUUUAGACGUAGGUAAGGAUACCUAUAGACCAAAUAAUUAUUAACUUUGUUCCUGAGAGAUCAGUGAGGAUUAGUUGGGUUAUUUAAUGUCUUAGAAAGAUAGUCCUCGAAGUCCUUGAAAUGUAGAGGAAGUUGUUCUCUCUUAAAAAAAAAAAAAAGGAAAACAAAAAGCAAACCUUCACAAAAUCUCUUUAAAAAAAUUUUAUUGAUGUACAGUUGAUUUACAUUGCAUUAAUUUCUGCUGUACAGCAAAGUGAUUCAGUUAUACAUAUAUAUAUUCAUUUUCAUAUUCUUUUCCAUUAUGGUUUAUCACAGGGUAUUGAAUAUAGUUCCCUGUGCUAUACAGUAGGUCCUUGUUGUUUAUCCUCUGGAGGUUAACCUUUAACUUUAGGUUAAAGCGUCAGGCCUAAGACUCAGUUUUCCGUGCCUUUUGAGUAUUUACUUUCAAACAGGACAAGGAUUGAACUUUCCACUAACCUGAGGUAAAUCUCCACAGCUUACAGAGACAUUAUAAUCAUUUAGGGUUUCUUCUCAACUUGAAACCCAUAAUUCUUUUUUUUUUUUUUACAUCUUUAUUGGAGUAUAAUUGCUUUACAAUGGUGUGUUAGUUUCUUCUUUAUAACAAAGUGAAUCAGUUAUACAUAUACAUAUGUUCCCAUAUCUCCUCCCUCUUGCGUCUCCCUCCCUCCCACCCCUCCAGGCGGUCACAAAGCACCGAGCUGAUCUCCCUGUGCUAUGCUGCUGCUUCCCACUAGCUAUCUAUUUUACGUUUGGUAGUGUAUAUAUGUCCAUGCCACUUUCUCACUUUGUCACACCUUACCCUUCCCCCUCCCCAUAUCCUCAAGUCCAUUCUCUGGUAGGUCUGUGUCUUUAUUCCUGUCUUACCCCUAGGUUCUUCAUGACAUUUUUUUUUCUUAAAUUCCAUAUAUAUGUGUUAGCAUACGGUAUUUGUCUUUCUCUUUCUGACUUACUUCACUCUGUAUGACAGACUCUAGGUCUAUCCACCUCAUUACAAAUAGCUCAAUUUCGUUUCUUUUUAUGGCUGAGUAAUAUUUCAUUGUAUAUAUGUGCCACAUCUUCUUUAUCCAUUCAUCCGGUGAUGGACACUUACGUUUCUUCCAUGUCCUGGCUAUUGUAAAUAGAGCUGCAAUGAACAUUUUGGUACAUGACUGUUUUUGAAUUAUGGUUUUCUCAGGGUAUAUGCCCAGUAGUGGAAUUGCUGGGUCAUAUGGUAGUUCUAUUUGUAGUUUUUUAAGGAACCUCCAUACUGUUCUCCACAGUGGCUGUACCAAUUCACAUUCCCAGCAGCAGUGCAAGAGUGUUCCCUUUUCUUCACACCCUCUCCAGCAUUUAUUGAAACCCAUAAUUCUUAUCUACAAUGAAAAGAUGCCUCUUACCUAUUUCUCCAUCUCUCCCAUUCUCCCUUGAAGGAGAGUCGAAUGCCUUUGGCCUUGGGUAACAGAGCCUUGGUCUUGCAGGUCGUUUGCCUUCUAAGUCUGUGACAGCUUUCAUUGCUGCUCCUGUCCUGCAGGCUGCUCUUCAUGUCACAGGCCUUGCCAGUGAUGUUAGCACCACAGGCCUCCCUUCUUGGAGAAAUGAGAAACAGCUUCAUUUCUUCAGGGACUGCAGAGUCCCAUGUGGAAGAGGCAAGGUGCUUGCUGGAGCUGGGCAAGUCUUACCUCCAAGCAGGCAGAGAUGCCUGUUUGCAGUGGGUCUCCUCUUGAUGGUUUUCAGGAGAAGCGGCUUCUAAGGAGAGCUGCCACCGUGGCACACAGGCCUCAGCCUGCCUUGGACUUCCGCCAGACAAGGAGAGGGCCCCAUGGCAGCAGGACUGACCCCGUGAGAGUGGGUUUCUCCCAGUUGAGUUUAAGUUCGUAAGUUACGGACUCCAGACAACCGGCCAAGGGAGUGACAGCCUGGAGAGCCUGAAGCCAAGAUUGUUCUGCAGUGCAAGCAGCUGUGGAAGGAGCCAGACUCUACCGCCAUCGCUGAAUGAGACCCUCUGACUGACCCUGAACCAGAAAGGAAUUGGGCAGGAAAUAAUUGUGGACUUUUAAUUUCUCUAGAGCUCAACCUUCAAGAGAAAGGAUAUUUAUUUUGGGGGGACUUUAAUUCCUUCCUGAGAAUUUAAUAAUGUGAGGCAUUUCAUAUAGUUCAAAUCAGGGCAUUUUAAUAUUGCUGGCAUUUGUUAUUUGCAGUUGUUUCAUGACUUCAUCUGAGUUCCUUGCAUAAUCUCCAGUGAGCUCUAUUGAAUGUCCUCCCUAGGAGAAUGUGAAAUGGAAGACAGACUGGGGAGUGAAUUUUCAGGCUAGGCCAUGGAUAGCCUCGAGUAAAUUUAAUUGGUGUUUUGUGCAGACCCACUUAAGAGCCUUCAGGUCCCAUAGCUGACCUCGGGAGGAUUCACAAAGAAGUCGUGAUGAUGUCAGAGAGCAGCCUCACAAGGGGGUGAGCAGCCCUGCUCCCAUGCACUCGGCAUUCUUUCGCAGGAAGAACAGCUGCAUUUGUGCAAUGCUGAGUCCUACUUGUUAAGAAAUCCAAAUGUUAAAUACCGUAUGCUAACACAUAUAUAUGGAAUUUAAGAAAAAAAAAGGUUCCGAAGAACCUAGGGGCAGGACAGGAAUAAAGACGCAGAUGUAGAGAAUGGACUUGAAGACACGGGGAGGGGGAAGGGGAAGCUGGGACGAAGUGAGAGAGUGGCAUGGACAUAUAUACACUACCAAACGUAAAAUAGAUAGCUAGUGGGAAGCAGCCACAUAGCACAGGGAGAUCAGCUCGGUGCUUUGUGACCACCUAGAGGGGUGGGAUAGGGAGGGAGACGCAAGAGGGAGGAGAUACGGGAAUGUAUGUAUAUGUAUAGCUGACUCACUUUGUUAUACAGCAGAAACUAACACAACAUUGUAAAGCAAUUAUGCUCCAAUAAAGAUGUUAAAAACAAGCAUACCCCAAUGUUAGAACUGCUGGGGAGGCUGUGGGGGGCGACAUUUCCUCCUCCCUUCGUGCGUCUGCCGAAGCCCACAGAGAUGAGCGUACGUCUUCUUAGAGCUUCUGGGGGCUACGCUUCCAUUCUUCUUUUCAAACCCCCUUUUUGCUUCCAGGAUGAAGGAGUGGCUUAUUCUGGCUGGUGAGAUCGGCAAAGGGGUGGUUACACAGGCACGGCCCCUCCCUCUGGCUCUCUUGCGGACCCUGCCUGUCCCCAGGCAGCAUGCAGCGUUUCUGUGCAGUAAACCCACCAGGCCUUCUCUGCCUCUGUCGCAAGGUGGACAGAGCAGGCCUGCCAUUGUCGGUAAGUCAAUUCCACUUGGUGGGGGAAGAGGAAUGGGAAGACUGGCCUGGACUUGGCUUUCAGUCGUCUCCAGUCCUCCUUGAAAAGUACUGGCACUGCUAUUUUGAUCCUUAUUGGAGUCUAUUUGGCUUCUGUGAAUAGAUUUCAGUUGGGUUCCAAACUUUGGAGGGGAAAAGGGUAGGAUUAAUUAGUGCCCUAAAAACUCAACACAGGCUGUCUGCCUUCACAUGUCAAGAAACAUGACAAUUGAGAAUCUCACCUCCAUAGCUUCUGUCAUGGGAAGAGACUGACUUCCUUAGUUCCAGUUAAAAAUCCUGGGGAAACCAAAUCACACCCAUUAGGAUGGCUACUAUAAAACAAAGAACAAAAAAUGAAAGUAACAGUCAUUGGCAAGGAUGUGGAGAAAUUAGAAUCCUUGUGCACUAUUGGUGGGAAUGUAAAAUGCGGUAGGCGCUAUGGAAAAUAGUAUGACGGUUCCUCAAAAAACUUAAAAAUAGAAUUACCAUAUGAGCCAGCAAUUCCACUUCUGGGUACGUACCCAAAAGAAUUGAAAGCAGCGUCUCAAGGAGGUAUCUGUACACCCAUAUUCAUAGCAGCAUUAUUCACAAUGGCCAAAAGGUGGAAGCAACCCAAGUGUCUCUUGACUGAUGAAUGGGUAGAAAAAAUGUGGUAUGUACAUACGACGGAAUAUUCUUCAGCCUUCAAGAGAAAGGAAGUUCUGACAUAAGCUACAACAUAUGCUAAAGAAGGGAGUCUGAAAAGGAAACUUGAGGACACUAUGCUAAGUGAAAUAGCCACAAAAAGACAAAUACUGUAUUAUUGCGCUUAUGUGAAGCACCUGGAGUAGUCAUAGUCAGAAACAGAAAGCAGAAAGGUGGCUGCCAGGGGCUGGAGGAAGGGAGGACUGGGGUGUUGUUUAGUGGGUGUGGAAUUUCAGCUCUGUGGGCUGAAGAGAGUUCUGGAGAUUGCACAACAACGUGCAUGUGCUUAACAUUAUUGAUCUGUACAUUUAAAAAUGGUUAAGGUGGUAAAGUUUUUGUUAUAUGUAUCUCACCUUAAAACCCUGGAAGAGAUUUCUGAUGAACGCCCCUUGGAUCUGGGGAUAACUUGUACAGCAAUCAAUUGUGGCCAACGGCAGAGUCAGCUCAGAACAUCUGAGCCUCCGCUCACAUGGAGGGAAGAGUCUGUUACUCUUGGCCUUCUUAUUUUAAACUAGUGAGCCAUUGGAAAGCUCUGGAAUGCUGUGACUGACAAAUAUCUGUGGCACAGAAGUUCAUACGUGGAACUCAAGAGUCUUUGAGAUUUUGGCAGAACAAACAAUUCUGUAGUUUUUUAAACCAGUCAAAAGGAAAGGGUGAAAUGUCUCUUCUUUUUGAGAAGAAUGGAGAAGAAUAAAACUAAUAAAUCUCAGAAGUUCAAUCUGACAUGACAGGACAGGGAGUGCAGGAAAGAGAUUUUUUGGCCGAAGCUUUGGGAUAAAUAAAGUGUCCUUGCCUGUGAUAAAUAUUUUCUAAUGAUGUAUGGUCUUCUGAGUUUAGCCAUUUAAGUUCAUGUGCAAUUUGCAGCAAUAAGGACUUAGUGAUUUAAAAAUAAAAACGUCUUUCUUUUGGAAUAUGACUUAGAACUUUGGUUCAGAAUAUAAUGUUAUUUAUUGAUUUUCUGUUGAAACUUGGAUUUCUGCUGGGCUAGUAUCUCACUCUAAGGAGUCUGCCUGCACGGUGAUGAACCGGAAUGUCUGGAGGACUGGGCACAUCAGCAGAACAUGUCAGGAUUCUGGUCACUGACACGAGUUGGGGUGAGGUCACCAGGCCCAGCUGUGCAAAGGAGGGGAAGCUGAGGAGGAAAUGUCAUGUUUGCCUUCCCAGCCCUCAGCCUUUUUUCUACCAAGAGCAUCCCCUUUUGGGGUUGAACUAGGCCCCUCUCACUUCAGUAUUGUGAUUGAGUGGAUGCUGCCAAUCCUAUUGCUCUGCACCCCUGAGUGCAGGAGUGGGCGUGAGACCCAAGGGCCCUGUAGUCCUUCCACGAUGAUUUUCACAGCAGAAGCAAAGGAAGAGAGUCCCAGCACGUGGGUUUCUUGUCUAGGUUGUCCCUGAAGCAAAGCCUUACCCUCCCACCUGCCCUGAGGUUCCAGGUUCAACAAAUGGAUUCAUUUCCCUUCUGAUGGUUGGAGUGGGAUUUGUGUCGAUUGCAAUUAGAAGAGUCCAGGGACGUAGCUAAGUGAAUUGAGCACAGGCCACCCAGCGUUCCUCUGAAUAUGGACUAGCGACAGGAUUAGGCUACUGCCUUCCCUCCAUAAGGAAAUGAGGAGUAGCAGGAAAUGGUCCCUUGAACAGUGGUCUAAGAGCAAAGGAGAGCAUUCUGGUUUCUGCCUCUGCCAUUAAUGUGCUGUGUGAUCUGGGAUGAGUUACUUUCUAGUCUGCUAUAAGAUGGGGGACUAGACACCACCAUCGGAAGGGCACUUUCAGCCCUUAUAGUCUUUCAAAUACCUAACCCUCAAUUUGAUCCAUGCUAUAGAGGUAGGAGAUAGGUAGGAGAGAGAGAAGCACCAGGCUGAGCAACUGCAGCUGGUCUCCUGCUAACGCUUUGAGAUGGGCCCUGAUGGGGUGCAUUUCUGUGGAUUUCCCGGCCUGACACAUGUGAAGAGAAGGCCCUCAGUCUACAGGCAGGACAAAAAGGAGGGAGAAGACGCCAGCUGGAAUCCACCUUGGCUGAGAGAUGUGCGUGCACACCAGUACCAAAUAUGGAGAUGAUUGGCCAGAGACAACCUAGAAAACUGCCCCUAUAUAAGCAACCUAAGCUGCCCCUAUGGUGUAUAACUCACUUGAGUCCACCCGUGUGUCCUUUCACACUCAUUCUGUUUCUAAUAAACAGUUGUAUUUUCUUCACAA